AUGGACGCCUUCUCGGGCUAUAACCAGAUCAGAAUGGCGCUUGAAGAUCAAGAGCACACAGUCUUUAUCACCGAUCAGGGGGUUUACUUUUACAAAGUCAUGCCCUUCGGAUUGAAAAAUGUCGGGGCAACAUAUCAGAAGACGGUGAACAAGAUGUUCACCCACCAGAUCGAGAGAAACAUGGAGGUGUACGUCGAUGACAUGAUCAUAAAAAGCCAAGAGGCCGGGGCUCACCUCGCCGACCUGACCGAAGCAUUCGCUACGCUCCGCAGGUUCGGCAUGCGACUGCUAUUCAUAAGUGCCCAGCAAGCCAAUCACCGACUCAACCCCGCGAAAUGCGCCUUCGGCGUCACGUCAGGAAAGUUCCUCGGAUUCAUUGUACACGAAAGAGGAAUUGAUGCCAACUCAGAGAAGGUCCAAGCGAUCAUCAAUAUGCAAUCGCCCCGGACGAUCAAAGACCUGCAGUGUCUCAACGGAAAACUCAUCGCCAUGUCCCGCUUCCUCGCCCGAUCAGGUGAUCGUUGUUUUCCCUUCUUCAGGGCGCUGAAGAACCCAAAAGGUUUCCAAUGGACACCAGAAUGCGAGGAAGCCUUCAAGCAAGUGAAACAACACCUGACCAACCUUCCUCGACUCGCCUCGGUCUCUCCCGGCGAGAAACUGAGGAUCUACCUGGCGGCCUCCCCGCGCGCAGUCUUGUCUAAGUUUGAUGUUGCAGGACGGCUUCUCAAAUGGGCGGUGGAGCUCGGCGAACAUUACAUUCAAUACGUGCCCAGGACAGCUAUUAAAGCCCAGUCCGUGGCCGACUUCAUCGCAGAGCUAACGCAGAUCGAGAACAAGAGCCUCAGACAACCUCCCGAGGCCUGGGUCCUGCACGUCGACGGAUCAGCCAACUCGAAAGGUGCUAGCGCGGGACUGGUACUCCGGGCUCCCGACGGGCGGUCGUUCGAACGUUCCCUUCGCUUUGGAUUCCGUGCCACUAACAAUGAGGCGGAAUACGAGGCGCUUCUAACAGGAUUCAGAUUGGCCCUCGAGAUGCAGGUGGUCGCCCUCCACGUCCUCACCGACUCCCAGCUGGUGGCCGAGCAACUCAGCGGGGGAUACGAGGCCCGUGACCCGACUAUGGCGAAAUACUUGGCACAAGUAAAAAGCCUGACCGCAAAGUUCCUUCAUUUUACAUUAUCUAAUGUCCCGAGGGGGGAGAACGAGCGCGCCAACGCACUAGCUAAGUUGGCCUCAAAGUCUGCCCCCGAAGUCGGGCCCGAGGUCGAGCAGUUACCCGCUCGCACCAUCGAGAUCGCAACCACAGCUAUGAGUGGCGCGUCCACCACCUGGGUACAAGAACUGCUACGCUUCAAGCGGGACGGAAUUCUCCCGCCCGACGAAGCAUCAGCUCGGCGCCUAAGUCGCACACAUGCAUGGUAUACCGAAGUAGGCAGACGGCUCUACAAGCGGUCUUUUUCGUACCCCCUCCUACGAUGCUUAGAGCCCGACGAAGCUAAGACCGUCCUGGCAGAGAUACAUGAAGGAGUCUACGGAGAGCACAUCGGCGGACGGACCCUAGCACAUAAAGUACUUCGCCAAGGCUACUACUGGCCGACCAUGUGUCGGGAUGCGAGAACGCAUGUGCAGCAAUGUACCUCAUGUCAAGAACAUGCUCGCACGCCCCGGCUACCCGCAGUCCCGCUGACUCCCAUCGACUGCGCGUGGCCGUUUGCACAAUGGGGUUUAGACCUCCUCGGACCCUUCCCCCCAGCCUCAGGACAGCGGAGGUACAUUAUCGUCAGCGUAGAUUACUUCACAAAAUGGGUCAAGGCCGAACCGUUGGUGACGAUCACGGAAUGA